ACAUACGUUGUGCGUUGUUAUUUGUUUUUAUUUUUUUUUAAUUGUACUAUUAGAGUAAAUGAUUCGGCAUACGGAUAUUAAUUGAGCGGAAGCCAUGUUAAAGACCCUCAAGCCGGACACUUUCGCUGGCGUGGCCAAUGCCAAAUGCGGCGAAAUCUUUUUCCAGAGCUUGAACAGCUUUCGGAUCGACUGCCUAUUUUGUGAUAUGAAAUGUUUUAUAUUUGACGAUUUUCUCCUGCACAUCCAGAAUAUACAUUUCGAGAAUGGUCUGCUUAAAACGGACGCAAUGCAGAAGCUCCAGCAACGGGAAACAAAGCAAGAGGUGACCGACUCACCAGCAAGCGAAGGUAUUCCAUUUGUGGCUCAAGUGAAUCCAUUUGUUUGGUAUGGAAAUGAGAAGGAUGAAGAUCCAGGCGCUGAUGACAAUGUUGCUGAGGAUCAGUCGUCAGAUGAAGAGUCCGAGGAAGAGUCUGAUGUUAAGGCCAUUAUGAAAUGGAAUCAAUUUUGCACAAGGGAUUCCCUGCGCCCACCACGGGCUCUGAAAGUCGACUACAAGGAGGAAGAGGAGGAGUCUUAUCAGGAAGAAGAUGGAUCAGAAGCGGAAACAAAAGAACAGUUGCCCGAGCAAGACCAGUCCAACUCAUGUCCACAUUGCGAGAAGAAAUAUCAAAGUAAAACAACCUUAGAUCGGCACUUGGCUCAACAGCAUAAAACGCUAAAGGAUUCGCCCAUUGAAAUGACAAAAUUGAAAUUCAAAUGUCAGCAUUGUGAUAAGAUUUAUAAGGGAAAAUAUUCUCUGCGCCAGCAUGUUAAAAGGGAUCAUGUCUUGGACGUGAAAGAUGAAGAAACCACCGAAGGUCAAGCCACUGCCACAUCCUCUUCAACGUUUACCUGUUUGGAAUGCCAUAAGGAGCUACCUCGCCUUCGUCUCCUCGACGAGCACAUGUUCCAGAUGCAUGGUGGCGCCCUUUGCCCCAUAUGUCAGCGUCGUUAUAAGACCCGCCAUGAACUCAAACGCCAUCAAUUGAAUCAUACAAACGAAAGGAAUGUGAUUUGCUCAUUUGCCGGAUGCGAGAAACGUUUCUUUAGUCGCCGGCAUAUGCGAAAUCAUAUGAAAGUCCAUUCAGAGCAAAAGAAUUUCGUGUGCGAAAACUGCGGCUAUAGUUGCCGCAAUAAGGAAACGCUACGCGUCCAUAUGCGCAGCCAUACAGGGGAACGUCCAUUUGGCUGUCAAGUGUGUAGCAAGAGAUUUCCAUCUCAUUCCGGACUUCGGGAGCAUAUGGCUAUGCACUCCACUGAACGACCAUACGUAUGCACAGUUUGUGGUGCCACAUUUUCACGCCAGAAAGGACUCUAUCAUCAUAAGUUCCUGCACUCGGCCACAAAGCAAUUCGUUUGUAAGCUAUGCGGAAAUGCCUAUGCCCAGGCAGCUGGUCUAGCCGGACAUAUGCGUAAGCAUCGGAACGAUGAGCUCAAUGGCUAGACGGAGCGGAUGAUGAAGUGGAUAAUAUUACAGGAUGUUUUGAUAAUAUUAAGUUUUCGACAAAAUAUUUUGUCUCCAUCUCUUCCAAUUGCAUGUUACUGAAUGUAUUUAUGUACAUAUACAUAUGUAUACAUUUGAUUGUAUAUUAUUUGUUUUAAUCUCUUGCGUUUUUUAAAAACUCAGGUAUAUGUAUUAUGUUUGCACAUUUGUAUCUAGUUUAUUUUAGGUAUAAAUAUGACAAAUGAGAAUAAACCAACCAUUGCACAAUUUAAAAGGAAA